AAUAUAUCAUGUGAUAUGUAAUCAGGCUUCAAUUUUCUAAAUUAUUCAAUCUUAUUUAACUCACAGCAGAUUCAAUGUGUAUAUACAUAUAUAUGGUUUGAGUGAGACCGAAACUUUUUAUUUUCUAUCAUCUCUCCUCUCUCUCUAAGUUGAUGGGCUUGAUUGAAAACAACAAAUUACACCCAAUUAAACAUCCAUAUUAGUUUAGUCUACAUCCGUAAACAUCUCAAAUUUCAAUAAACAUUCAGUGUUGUUAAUUAAUUCCCCGGCCUGUCCUCAAAUGUUUAUGUACUCAACCUCUUCUUCUGGCUAUGCGGUUUACAUCACCCUCAUUUUUCUCCUCUUGCCCAAAGCUACUUCAGCUACUACAUUCACCGUCGUAAACCGGUGCGACUACACAGUCUGGCCCGGUAUUCUAUCCAAUGCCGGUAGCUCCGGUUUAGGCACGACCGGUUUCCAACUCACACCCCACGCCACCCAAUCCUUCCAAGCUCCACCGGGAUGGUCCGGCCGCUUCUGGGCUCGAACCGGCUGCUCGUUCGACCCAAUCAGCGGCCAAGGCAGCUGCACCACCGGCGACUGCGGCUCCAACCAAAUCGAGUGCAAUGGAGCCGGCGCCGCCCCGCCGGCCACCCUAGCCGAAUUCACCAUCGGUUCAGGAACGCAAGAUUUCUACGACGUCAGCCUGGUGGACGGCUACAACUUGCCCAUGAUUGUGGAAGCGGUGGGCGGUUCGGGUGGCUGCGGGGCGACCGGGUGCGUGAGUGAUUUGAACCGGGUGUGCCCGAACGAGUUGCGGGCAGGGGACGGGCAGGCGUGCAAGAGUGCAUGCGAGGCGUUUGGCAAUCCGGAGUAUUGUUGCAGCGGCGCGUAUGGGUCACCCGCAACCUGCCGGCCGUCGGUCUACUCGGAGAUGUUCAAGAAUGCCUGCCCGAGAUCCUAUAGCUACGCCUAUGAUGAUGCUACCAGUACUUUUACGUGCACUGCUGCAGAUUAUAAGAUUACAUUCUGCCCUUCUCGGACAAGUCAGAAAUCUUCAAUGGACUCUACAUCAUCACCGGCAACGACGACUACCGGAAUGCCAAGUUGGCUGCCUCCGCCGGCCGACGGAAGCCUUCCUUCUUGGCUGCCCAAUUUUUUGAUUGGGGGCUCAUCACCAGAUACCAUGAUGCCAUCUCAUAUUAUUAUUUGUGCUGCCACAAUUUUUCUGUCACUCUCAUUUCUUCAUUUUUAGACACUCGCCAAAUUAAUUACGACCAGAUUGAUAAGCUCAGUUUUUGCAAGACAUGUGAAUAGAAUUUCGUUAUUUGUUUAGGACCAUGUUAUUCAGCAGUUUUUUUUUUUUUUUAAUUUGUUAUAUAUUUAGUUAAUAAGAGAGAAAAAAAAUUAGCAAUUGCUUCGGGAUGAA